CCAAACACCAAAUUUUAUUUUCAAAACUUUAUUUCUUAAAGAUCUCUACCAUUGGACAAGAUAAUUGUUAAGAAUCCCAACGUAAUUCCUAAACUUUGAAAUUGUCAAAAUUUAGAGUUAAGAGCCCCUCAUGCACUCUUACCAUUGGAGAUGGUCUCCUAGUGUGGCCUUUUGGGCCGAGACAAGCCCUUUUCAAAAACUUGCACCAAAGCCCUAGCUUUAUCUCGUACCUUUCUUUCUACGUUUACUUGAGAAACAACAACCCCGUGAACGCCCUAACGAUAUCUCCGGCGCUGGCAAAUCAAAUCUACGGAAUGGAGUGCGAUAGAAUCAGCGCAUUGCCGGAUUCUUUGAUAGCUAUGAUACUCUCAUACCUUCCAAUAGGCGAUUCGGUUAAGACGAGCGUUUUGUCGAAGAGAUGGGAAUUUCUCUGGCUAGAGGUUUCAAGAUUGGACUUAGACGCCAUUAACUUCUCUCGUGACGGAGAAGCCUUGGCGAGGUUCAUGCACAUGUUUGUAGAGUUGAACCGUGGAUCAUCGAAGAUUUUAAAGAAUGACGAUUCCAUCGACGAUUGUAACAAAAGAGUCAUGGAGUGGAUAACCGAAGUAGUCCACCGCGGAGUUCAACAUCUAGAUGUUGAGGCCGUCGGGAUAAUUCAAUCUCAUCCAGGAUUUAACAACAUAAUGUAUUCACCUUCUGUAGAUUUCAUGCCUAAGUAUGUUUAUGUGAGCAAGACAUUGGUGUCUUUAAAGCUCGUAAACGUAGGGCUUGAAGAUCCCAAGUUUGUUGUUUCUCUACCUAGUCUCAAGAUCAUGCAUCUAGAAAACAUUUAUUACAAGAGUCAUGGUGGUCUUUUGAUCAUAAAGAUGCUCAUCUCAGCCUCUCCUGUUCUUGAAGAUCUUACCUUGGACUUUCCCGAUUUCACGGAGCCAAAAGAAAUCGUUUUUUGGCAGGAGUUUUCGUUUUCUGUUCCAAGUCCAACAAUGCCAAAGAGUAAUUUCGAUUUAGUGCAAGGCAAUUAUUUUACAUGGAAGCCAGAGGAAAUGGACCUUACUAAUGUGCCUCGGUGUAUGAAAUCGACGCUGGUGUAUGUUAAGAUCAACAAACUGAUAACGAAGGAGGAAAGUGGGAUUAAAGUAGUGAAUUACUUUCUUGAGAAUUCAGCAGUCCUCAAGAAACUGACUAUGUUUUUCACACAUUCUUCUAUGGAGAUUCAAGAGCCAGAGAGCUACAUGAAGCUUCUUACAUCCACGAAGCUUUCUCGCAACUGUCAAGUUUUCAUUCAUUGACAUGCAGCUGAUGAUGAUGCUGGUCACAACGUAAAGCUGUUUUCAUUGAACAAUAAUAGUGUCUUCUUGAGAUUUGUUUCUUCUUGCUACUGUUUUGAUUCUUAAUCCAUGUAGAUAUUCAUAUGGUUAAAAGCCAAUAUAUGCACUUUAUUGUUCUGGAUCA